UCGGGUACCCACAAAAGCGGAAGUUUUAUAUUUAGUAACACAAGUCACGGCUGAAAUUGAUCGAAAGGCCACGAAAACAAAGACAGUGUUGUUUGUUUAAAGUGAUGAACUCCGCUGAUAAACAAUAGUGAUUGACAUCUUCCGAUUCUCCUCCGUUUGAUCGGUCAGCUCGUUAGUACUGAUUGAUGUACGUACAGCUGAAGAGACGCGAGCUGCAGGAGGAGAUAUGCCGCCAGCGGACAAUGACACCUGUCAUUUUCAAUAUCUGUUGUGAUACACGGAAGUGAUUGAUCCACGGGAUUUAUCGAGCAUAUGAAAAUAACAGAGGGCUGACAAGACCAUGGACGUCAUGGACCAGGACCAGUUCCAGUUUGAGGCCACAAAUCAUGGGGAUGUUCUGCUUGCAGGGCUGAGGCACCUGCGAGACAAGCACCAACUGUUUGAUGUGACUCUAGUUGUGGACAAACUAGAGUUACCUGCACACAGGGUGGUGCUGGCCUCAUGCAGUGACUACUUUAGAGCCAUGUUCACCGAUGGCCUGAAGGAAUGCAGACAGCAGCAGGUUGUGUUAAAUGGGGUAACUGCUCGUGGAAUGAAGAAUCUCCUGGACUUCGCUUACACAUCAAAGAGUAACAUUGAUAGUGACAAUGUGUCUGAUGUGCUGGGUGCAGCAACCCAUGUCCAGAUUCUACCAGUUAUUGAUGCAUGUGAGGAUUUCCUGCGGUCACACUUGUCUCUGGACAACUGUGUGGAUGUGGCUAGUGUGGCUGACCUGUACUGUCUGAAGCCCCUGCAGCAACACGUGCAGCAGUUUAUCUGCAAACACUGGACCACCUUCACAAUGUCCUCCUACUUCCACAGUAUGGGCCAGCAGGCACUGGUCAAUGUGCUGGCCUCAGGCUUCCCGGUUGACUGCUCCGAGCUUGAUGUCCUCCUAGCUGUCCUCAGUUGGGUCAAGUACCGACCAGAGGAGAGACUGACUAUGGCUGAGAACAUCCUUGCACACAUUCAGUUCCAUAACAUCCCGGAAGAGAGUCUGAAGGAUGUGCUGGAGGACCAGGAAGGGAAGGAGGUGAUUCUGGCAGUUCCCCUGCUUGGGAAAGAUCAUGGACUUGACAUUGGUGGUUCUACAGUAAGACAGUCUAUCAGCACACAGGUUCAUGGGAUUACAAAUAUGCGAGGUUUCCAUAAAACAGUAUUGGUGGCUGGCGGGUUCAGUGCUGAUUCAGGAAUGACCAAUAAUAUUUGGUAUUAUCGAGAAGGAACUGACUCGGCAUCUUUAAAGUAUUUGACCAGAAUACCUCACGUCCAGUGUAACUUUGGCAUGGCUGUUCUCCACAACCAGCUGUAUGUCAUUGGUGGAUGUUUUAAUGAUCAAUUUGAUGAAGUUAUUCAUCCCUAUGGCUUCCGUUAUGACCCUUCCAAGAGUGAGUGGGACAGUAUAGCUCCAAUGAAUCAUGAACGAUGCCGAUUUUAUCUUGGGGUGACAGAAGGCUAUCUUUAUGCAAUAGGGGGUGACCCACAAGCAUCUGAUCUUACUCUUGAUGGAGCACCCUGUGAACGAUAUGACCCAGAAACUAAUUCCUGGCAGGACAUUGAGCCAAUGCCUGGCAACCGGACCCAACAUGCAGGCAUUGCAGUAGGACAGUAUUUGUAUGUGUCAGGAGGCCAGCAGGAAACAGAUGGGGAAAUACUGAGUGAUCUGCUGAGAUAUGACACCCACAGUAACACCUGGGACAGGUGCGCCUCACUACAGUCUCCACGUGUUGAUCACACCAUGGUCUGUUUCAGAGGUGAAGUUUAUGUGAUUGGAGGUUGGACCUAUGACCAAACAAACCACCAAAGAGAGAUGGUUUCUUCCAUCGACUGUUAUCAUGCAGACUCUGACUCCUGGCUACAAGUGGCAGCUCUAAAUGAAACACGUCUCUAUGCAACAUACACACUUUUUGACAGCUCAGUCUAUGUCAUUGGGGGAUGGCAAGGGGGAGAUUACCGCUGCAAAAGUAACUUUGUGGACUGUUUCGAUCUGAAAAUGAGACAGUGGAAGGACAAGAAGAAGCAGUCUCUGGAGAUAUGGGAGCAUAAUUCAUGCAGUUUGUACCUGCCCAAACAGGUACAGCCCUGAUCCUGUAACUCACUCCUGGUAUCACCCUGCAGUCUGUACAUGUCAAACUGGUACAGCCCUGACCCUGUAACUCACGCCUGGCAUCUCUCUACAGUCUGUACUGGCCCAACUGGUACAUCCCUGACCCUGUAACUCACUCCUGGUAUCACCCUGCAGUCUGUACAUGUCAAACUGGUACAGCCCUGACCCUGUAACUCACGCCUGGCAUCUCCCUGCAGUCUGUACUGGCCCAACUGGUACAGCCCUGACCCUGUAACUCACUCCUGGCAUCACCCUGCAGUCUGUACCGGCCCCACUGGUACAGCCCUGACCCUGUAACUCACGCAUGGCAUCUCCCUGCAGUCUGUACUGGCCCAACUGGUACAGCCCUGACCCUGUAACUCACGCCUGGCAUCAUCCUGCAGUCUGUACUGGCCCAAACUGGUACAGCCCUGACCCUGUAACUCACUCCUGGCAUCUCCCUGCAGUCUGUACCAACCCGAACUGGUACAGCACUGACCCUGUAACUCACUCCUGGCAUCACCCUGCAGUCUGUACCAACCCGAACUGGUACAGCACUGACCCUGUAACUCACUCCUGGUAUCACCCUGCAGUCUGUACAUGUCAAACUGGUACAGUACUGACCCUGUAACUCACUCCUGGUAUCAUCCUGCAGUCUCUACCGACCCGAACUGGUACAGCCCUGACCCUGUAACUCACGCCUGGCAUCUCCCUGCAGUCUGUACUGGCCCAACUGGUACAGCCCUGACCCUGUAACUCACUCCUGGCAUCACCCUGCAGUCUGUACCGGCCCAACUGGUACAGCCCUGACCCUGUAACUCACUCCUGGCAUCACCCUGCAGUC